UUAGAAAAAAUUGUGAACGGGAAAGUGAUCGAAUUACUUUGCAAUCUCUAACGGAAAUGAUGACAAGGAUGCGGGAAAUCUCUCGACUUUAUUUUGACGUGAAGCAAGAAUUUGAAAAUACCUCCAUGAAAAUUCGAUGUCAAUAAUUUCUGAAGUAAAUGAUACGAUUAUUGCACAUAGCAUUUGGUGCAGCUAAUUUUGUUGCUACUUUUCUAGAUCAGGACGCGAUGUUCGAAAAAUUAAAUGUCGACAGUAGAGAGAGAGAAAAAUAAAAGUGUAAAUAAGAUAGAUGUGAUUGAUCAACUCGGCGAAAUUUUUAUCGGAAAGUCAUCAACAUCGUUUGCAGCGAUUAGGCAACGGAGUCUGCGAGAUUAUCGCACCGUAUCAUGGAUUUGCAUCAGCGAUGUAUACAUUAUCUCUUUGUGUGAUGAGAAAUGAUUAAUCCAAUUAAACUACCACCAUGAUACUCGCCACUACGUCGUGCGCAUUGUACACGGAAAUCGGUAACGGCCGAUAACAUCGAUUGAACCGUUUCGCGGAGAAAUAGAGCGAAACCACCAAAACGAAGAAGACGAUCCCUCGCAAUUAUGGCGGUUAACAUCGAACUUUUGUACAAUUGCUGCUUGUUGGUUUUGCCUAACGUUCCGCUGUCGCUGAAAUCGAAUUAUAGCGAGCUCCAAUUGUUUAUCGACGAAGCAUUGAAUAGAUCUGACAAGCGAGAAGUCCUGAAAGAAGAGCUCACGGAUUGCUACUACAUCAAUCAGGACCGGCCGUUUGACCUGCCAUGGUGGCAGAAAUUCUUCUGGUCGCUGGUGUACGCGGUGAUUUUGCUGGUCGCAACCGGUGGAAAUAUCAUUGUCAUAUGGAUUGUACUUGCUCAUCGACGGAUGCGCACCGUCACUAAUUGCUUCUUGGUGAAUCUCUCCGUGGCAGAUCUUAUGAUGUCGUUGCUCAACUGCGCCUUCAACUUUAUCUUCCUUCUCAACUCUAAUUGGCCCUUCGGAGUGGUAUAUUGUACCAUCAACAACUUUGUGGCACACGUGACUGUUGCUUCUAGUGUUUUUACUCUCGUCGUAAUUUCUUGUGACAGAUACAUGGCUAUUAUGUAUCCUCUUCAGCAUCGUAAUUCGCGCAAGAAAACCGUGAUUACUUUAAUUUUAAUCUGGAGUUUCUCGUCCGCACUAGCAAUUCCGUGCCUUUUAUAUUCCACAACAACAUCGCGCAGGUAUAGAGGAUCGACCAGAACUUCUUGCUAUCUAUCGUGGCCUGAUGGUGGCUAUUUAAACAGCCGAACGGAAUAUUGCUACAAUAUCCUGUUCCUCUUGUUAACGUACCUGAUCCCGAUGACAGUGAUGAUUGUAUGUUACUCGUGCAUGGGACGAAAAUUAUGGGGCUCACAAUCUAUCGGCGAACAGACACACAAUCAGAAGGAAUCAAUAAACUCGAAACGCAAGGUUGUAAAAAUGUUUAUCAUUGUAGUGAUAAUAUUCGCAGUGUGCUGGAUGCCGUAUCAAGGAUUUUUUAUUUUUGUAUAUCAUCAUCGUUCCUUCGUAGAAAAAAGUUACGUGCAACACGUGUACUUGAGUUUUUACUGGCUCGCCAUGUCCAAUUCUAUGGUUAAUCCGAUCAUAUAUUACUGGAUGAACAACAGGUUUCGCGUUUAUUUUGAACUGAUAAUUUGUAAAUGUUACUGCGUGAUGGGUCGAACGAACGUGCGGCGCGGCGAGAUGCAAGAAUUGGCGACGCUUCAACGCUCGGGACUCGCAGUAUGCAAUUCGGGUCGUUGCAAAUCGACCUCUCUCAGAUGGCGACCGAGCGUGGCAGAGAGCCAGAUUCAAACGUUCAAAAUGAAUACUGUGCGAACGAUGUGCGAGAAGCUGCAGUCCAAAGAGGACGUUGUCAUAAUUUGAAUCAAAUAUUAUACCUAAUUAUGCGCAUUACGUGAAAAUGACGUAUUUGUUACAGAUGAUACUAUAAACAUUAACCUGUUCUGUGCGUUUUCAUCGAGAGCAAAACAAACGCGGUUAGAACGCGGUUGUAGGUUUGCACACAAUCAUGUUAAUUGGUAACAAU